AUGUUCGGGUUAAAGCGAAACAUUUCGUGGUUUCAGAUUGAAUGUUGUUACUUCCGGUCUGGGUGGCACGGCCCAAUCCUCAUCAGCGGCUGAUUAAAGGCGGUGGGGGCAGGGAUCAAAGGAGCCGCAUCCCCACGAGUCUGUCUGUGUCUCGGCUGAGGUAGCCUGCACAGAGCUGAGACGAGACGGUAGUUAAAAAAAUAAAUAAAAUAAAAAAAGAGGGGAAACAUGGCCGGUGGGAGCUCUCUGGAAGCCGUGAAGAAGAAAAUCAAGUCGCUGCAGGGGCAGGCCGAUGCGGCGGAGGAGCGCGCGACGUUAUUACAGCGGGAACUGAACCAGGAGAGGAGUGCGAGGGAAGCAGCUGAGGGUGACGUAGCCUCCCUGAACAGACGGAUCCAGCUGGUUGAGGAGGAGCUGGACCGGGCUCAGGAACGUCUGGCCACAGCUCUGUCCAAGUUGGAGGAGGCUGAGAAGGCUGCUGAUGAGAGCGAGAGAGGUAUGAAGGUCAUUGAGAACAGAGCGAUGAAGGAUGAGGAGAAGAUGGAGCUGCAGGAGAUCCAGCUGAAAGAGGCCAAACACAUUGCUGAGGAGGCUGACCGCAAAUAUGAGGAGGUGGCCCGUAAGCUUGUGAUCAUCGAGAGUGACCUGGAACGUACAGAGGAGCGUGCCGAGCUGUCCGAGAGCAAAUGCUCCGAGCUGGAGGAGGAGCUCAAAACGGUGCAGAACAACCUGAAGUCUCUGGAGGCUCAGGCAGAAAAGUACUCACAGAAGGAGGACAAGUAUGAGGAGGAGAUCAAGGUUCUUACAGACAAGCUGAAGGAGGCUGAGACUCGUGCUGAAUUCGCUGAGAGAUCAGUCGCCAAGCUUGAAAAGACCAUUGAUGACCUGGAAGAUAAACUCACAAGUUCUAAUGCAGAGGGCCUGAGAUUACAGCAGAUGAUGGAUCGGACACUUCUGGAGAUGGUUGGUCUUUGAUCCAGCUCUGUUCCUCCUCCCCACGGCUACACGGUCAAAAGGCUGGCUCCCACAGAAGGCUGCUACAGAUUGCAGUGGAGUCUGCAUUUGUCCCUCUGUCACAUGAAGACCCAAGUUGUACACAAAGUAGCAGACAGCUUUGAGGUAAACCUCAGCUUCAGUGUUUAAAUGGGCACGCUGCAUUCCAAGGUCAGCUAAGUCACCUUAACGUUUACAUGUACAUGCUGGGACUUUGCAUUUUUGGUGGGAAGUUUGUGAUCAAUAUGAAGGAAGCCAUAACUGAAGCCAAGUUUAUUUUAAUGGAACUUUUAUUACCCGUACUUUUUGUUAGGUCACUUGUGCGUUUGUUUCAUUUGUGUUUCAUGAAACACAUGAUGCCAGUUUGUUCCUCCAAAUCA